AUGGCAGGCGAGGAAGAGAAGCGGCCAGCGUCGACAGUGAAUGACGAUCGAGGAAGAGAAGCCCUUCACGAAAAUGAAAACGAUACGAUUUCCAGCAAGAGACGGCAUACUCGUCGGAUAUGGAGGAUGCAAUUGCCGCCAUAUUUCAAUACCGAUUCCGAGUCAGCGGUGAAACGGAAAUUGGAUUUGGUUCUCUUGACGUACACAGCAUUGUCAAUUUUCAUCAAGAACCUGGACAAUACCAAUAUAUCUAAUGCAUAUGUCUCGGGGAUGCAAACUGAUUUACACCUCUAUGGCAACCAACUGAACAUCUUCAGCACCAUGUUUAACUGUGGGAUUAUUGUCGGCGCUGUCCCUCUCAUUCUUCUAUCAACACACAUCCGCCCAUCCAUUCUGAUGCCGACAUGUGAAAUUUGCUGGUCCAUCCUAGUCAUGGGCAUAGCAGGCGCCAAAAACUACCAAACUAUAUACGGCCUCCGGUUCUUCAUUGGAUUUUUUGAAGCCAUUGCAUUUCCUGGGUUUGCUUCUUUGCUUGCUGCAUGGUAUACACCUGCUGAACUGGGGAAGAGGAUGGCGAUAUACGAAGUUUCGCAGAAUGUGGCGGGCAUGUUUAGUGGAUAUAUCCAAGCAGGAUUGUAUGCGCAUAUGAAUGGGAGGGGAUUGGCUAGUUGGAGAUGGCUAUUUAUCUUUGAUGGCAUCAUCUCCUUUCCGAUUGCUAUCUGGGGUUUCUGGGCAAUUCCAGACCAGCCGAGGGAUACUAAAGCAUGGUGGAUAAACUCGGAGGACCGGACAAUCGCCAUCGAACGCAUGGACCGGGUAGGCCGMAAGCCACUGACAAAAGUCAACUGGACACGGUUCAAAAGAAUAUGGCAGACGUGGCAUGUCUAUCUCUUUGUCGUCUGUUAUGUUUUCUACGGCGCCUUCUCCUGGGGGGAUAGCUACUUUGGACUCUGGCUUCAAUCACUCAAGAAGUACAGCGUUGAGAAUAUUAAUAAUAUCCCAACGGCUGGACAAGGCGCUGCCGUUGUCAAUUCUAUUCUAAGUGGAUACAUCUCGGAUUGGCUAGAGAAUCGACCAUUGAUGAUUGUUAUCAACAUGUUGAUAUGUCUCCUAGGAAAUGCUUUCCUUGCGGUCUGGACAGCUCCUACAGCCCUCAAAUUCGUCGGCUACAUCUUCAUCACUACCGGACUACCCGCACAGUCAUUGACUAUGACGUGGUUGAGCGAAGUAUGUCAGGGAAAUGCAACACUACGUGGUCUCAUUGUCUCUAUCGGGAACACAUUUAUUUACGCCAUCAAUGCGUGGGCUCUGGUUUUAUUGUUCCCGGCAUCUGAUGCGCCGCAUUACAAGUACGGAUACCAGAUUUGCGCUGGUAUGGUUGGUGUUGGUGUGAUUAGCGUAUUUUUCAUAUUGUACGCUAUCUGGGCAGAUAUAAAAUCGGGUAGGGCAUGGAGGAAUGAGAUUGGAUUAUUGGAGUAUCGGAGGUGGAUUCGAGAGUCGGAGGAGUACGAGCGCGACGAUGCAAAUAAUGGCUCGACCUUGCCGACGCAUGUCUAA